CGUCUCCGUCCCCGGCCCACCGCUGCCGCAGUCCGUCCCGGCCCCCGGCAGAGCUCGGCCGACCUCGCGCCAGGACCGCGCACGCCCCUCCGCCCGCCGGGACCUGGGGUAGCGCGCGUCCCGCGCCCGGUCCCCGCCCGGACCGGCGCGCGCGGGCUCGGCCUUUCGCCGUCAGCGGCGGUUGGUGGCGGGGAUUGUUUUUGUUGUCGCUGAGGCCGGAAGAGCCGCGGGAGCUGGGUGCGUGUCCCCGGGCCUGCCGCCGCCGCCGCCCCUUGCCCGGCCCCCGCGUCUCCGCGGCCAUCCCCCAGCGCCAAUAUUCCGGAGAUCAAGCGUUACGCGGCGGCGGCAGCCGGACCGGGAGUCGGAGGUGCUGGGGAGCGGGACGAGGCGGCCGCCGCCAUGGAGGCGCUGGGACCCGGACCUCCUAACAGCCUAUUUCAGCCACCUCGUCGUCCUGGCCUUGGCACAGUUGGAAAACCCAUCCGACUGUUAGCCAAUCACUUUCAGGUUCAGAUUCCUAAGAUAGAUGUGUAUCACUAUGAUGUGGAUAUUAAGCCAGAAAAGCGGCCUCGUAGAGUCAACAGGGAGGUAGUAGACACAGUGGUGCGGCACUUCAAGAUGCAGAUAUUUGGUGAUCGGCAGCCUGGUUAUGAUGGCAAAAGGAACAUGUACACAGCACACCCCCUGCCAAUUGGACGGGAUAGGGUGGACAUGGAGGUGACCCUUCCGGGUGAGGGUAAAGACCAAACCUUUAAAGUGUCUGUUCAGUGGGUGUCCGUUGUGAGCCUCCAGUUGCUUCUAGAAGCUUUGGCUGGGCACUUGAAUGAAGUCCCGGAUGACUCAGUUCAAGCACUUGACGUGAUCACAAGACACCUUCCCUCCAUGAGGUACACUCCCGUGGGGCGGUCCUUUUUCUCACCUCCUGAAGGUUACUACCACCCUCUGGGAGGGGGCAGAGAGGUUUGGUUUGGCUUCCAUCAGUCUGUGAGACCUGCUAUGUGGAAUAUGAUGCUCAAUAUUGAUGUAUCUGCAACUGCUUUCUACCGGGCUCAGCCCAUCAUUGAAUUCAUGUGUGAAGUUUUAGACAUUCAGAACAUCAAUGAACAGACCAAACCUUUAACUGACUCCCAGCGUGUGAAGUUUACCAAAGAAAUCAGAGGUCUCAAAGUUGAAGUGACCCACUGUGGACAGAUGAAGCGCAAAUAUCGAGUUUGUAAUGUGACCAGAAGGCCAGCCAGCCAUCAAACUUUUCCUUUACAGCUAGAGAAUGGUCAAGCUAUGGAGUGUACAGUAUCUCAAUAUUUUAAGCAGAAGUAUAGUCUGCAGCUGAAAUACCCCCAUCUUCCCUGUCUCCAAGUGGGACAAGAGCAAAAACAUACAUACUUGCCACUUGAGGUGUGCAAUAUAGUAGCAGGACAACGAUGUAUAAAGAAACUCACCGACAAUCAGACCUCCACGAUGAUCAAAGCCACAGCCAGAUCUGCUCCUGACAGACAGGAAGAAAUCAGUAGACUGGUGAAGAGUAACAACAUGGUAGGAUGCCCUGACCCUUACCUUAAAGAAUUUGGUAUCGUUGUCCACAAUGAAAUGACAGAACUCACAGGCAGGGUGCUGCCAGCACCAAUGCUGCAAUACGGAGGCCGGAAUAAAACAGUAGCCACACCCAACCAGGGUGUCUGGGACAUGCGAGGAAAGCAGUUUUAUGCUGGCAUUGAAAUUAAAGUUUGGGCAGUUGCUUGUUUUGCGCCUCAGAAACAAUGUAGGGAAGAUUUACUAAAGAGUUUCACAGAUCAACUGCGGAAAAUCUCUAAAGAUGCAGGGAUGCCCAUCCAGGGUCAGCCAUGUUUCUGCAAGUAUGCACAGGGGGCGGACAGUGUGGAGCCCAUGUUCAAGCACCUAAAAAUGACAUAUGUGGGCCUACAGCUAAUAGUGGUUAUCUUGCCUGGAAAGACACCAGUAUAUGCGGAAGUGAAACGUGUGGGAGAUACCCUUCUUGGUAUGGCCACCCAGUGUGUCCAGGUAAAGAAUGUAGUGAAGACCUCACCCCAAACCCUUUCCAAUCUUUGCCUGAAGAUCAAUGCUAAGCUCGGAGGGAUUAACAAUGUGCUUGUCCCUCAUCAGAGGCCCUCCGUGUUCCAGCAGCCUGUCAUCUUUCUGGGAGCAGAUGUCACUCACCCUCCAGCUGGGGAUGGGAAGAAGCCCUCCAUUGCUGCUGUGGUGGGCAGUAUGGAUGGCCACCCGAGCCGGUACUGUGCUACUGUGCGGGUGCAGACAUCCCGGCAGGAGAUUGCCCAGGAGCUCCUCUACAGUCAGGAGGUAAUCCAGGACCUUACCAACAUGGUUCGAGAGCUACUCAUCCAGUUCUACAAAUCUACACGAUUCAAGCCCACUCGGAUCAUCUAUUAUCGUGGAGGGGUGUCAGAGGGGCAGAUGAAACAGGUAGCUUGGCCAGAACUAAUAGCAAUUCGAAAGGCGUGUAUUAGUUUGGAAGAGGACUACCGACCAGGAAUAACAUACAUUGUGGUGCAAAAGAGGCAUCACACAAGGCUGUUUUGUGCAGAUAAGGCGGAGAGGGUGGGGAAAAGUGGCAACGUACCUGCAGGCACUACGGUGGAUAGCACCAUCACCCAUCCAUCCGAGUUCGACUUUUACCUCUGUAGUCAUGCAGGAAUUCAGGGAACCAGCCGUCCUUCACACUACCAAGUCUUGUGGGAUGACAACUGCUUCACCGCAGAUGAGCUCCAGCUGCUGACUUACCAGCUGUGUCACACCUACGUGAGGUGCACUCGCUCGGUCUCUAUCCCAGCACCUGCGUAUUAUGCCCGGCUUGUAGCCUUUAGGGCCAGGUAUCAUCUGGUGGAUAAAGAUCAUGACAGUGCAGAAGGCAGUCAUGUGUCAGGACAGAGCAAUGGCCGGGACCCUCAGGCCCUGGCUAAGGCCGUGCAGAUCCACCAUGACACCCAACAUACCAUGUAUUUUGCUUGAGAGUCUCCAAAAUAGUAAUAAUCAUAAUCAUAAUUCAAGACAUCUGGCACCUCAAGCAGCCUCAAAAUGUUUCAAAUGCCUACCACCUCUUGAGAGAGCCAAGAGGACUUCAGGGGGUCUUCUCUAAGUGGCUCUGCUUUGUUGCACUGGAUCUCGAUUUUUUUUUGCAGCACUAUCUGAUGCAUUGACAAAUGGAGCCAUUUUUUUAAAGGUCAUAGAUACACAUAGAUUCUCUUUUCUGAUGCACUGGAUGGAAUUUUUACCUCAACAUGCAAAGGCUGACAAGCCUGAACUUCCUAAAGGACUUUCCCAGAAAGGUUGCUGUGGAGGACGCAUUCACCGUGUCUACAGAAUGGUGUUCUCAGCAUGCCCGCAACCCUCUCAUCUCAUAAGAGAAGAUGAUUCCUGUUUUCUGUUUCCAUCAAGAAGCGUAUAUGUGGGAGAGAGAAACCAGUCGGCUUCAGUUUGGUGUUGCUAUUUAAUUGUGUUGGUUCACAGACUUUCUAGUGGAGAUUUGCAACUGCCACUGUAAAUGCCUUUAAUGAGCAUUCAAUCUUGAGAGUAUUUGACAAGUUUUUCUGAGUUUUUCUACUUCAUUUGCUGGAUCUCCACAGGCUUGUGCUGCUGCCAGUACAGGCCACAGGCAAACUGCACUAUACUGGGCUUCAGAUUCAAGCAGGCACUUACCUUAUUUGGUUGACUUACGUGAAUGUGUGACAGAAACCCAUAGAAAAUGUGUCACAGUGACAGAUAACACUGCCAUGGUCAAAAUACUCAUGUUUCUUCCUAUCAGAAGUAUCAAUAAUUAGUUAUUUAAGAGUUUUCCAAGUUUUUAAAAGUGCCCAUUCUAUGCUGCUCUGUGGUUUGCUAGAUUUAAUGAUUUUUAAACUUUUCUCAUAGAGAAUGAACUUUGGCAAUAAACAUCUUUUAAGGUCCCCCCUCUUCCAUCCCCUGAUGAUGUAGUUUUCUAGAUUAGAUUUUGAUAGUUUCUUUAUUAGCUGUUUCUUAGAUGUCACAAGCUGGCAAUUUCUGAAGCUGGUCAGAAAAGACAUAUAUUUCCAUGUGUUUUUAAAUAAUUAUUUUUACCUUUUUUAUAGUCACAGUUAGUGCCCUGUCACUUCAUUUUAAAAUAAGCUAGAACCAGGAGGCUUCCUUAUUUGCUAUGCUCUGCCAGUCCUUAAGAUACCUUGUGCAAUGCUGCAACUUGCAAAAUUAUACCAGCAUUUAGGCUUUGUUUUUGUUUUUGUUUUUGGUUUUGGUUUUGUUUUCACCCUGGGAACCAAGGUGAUCCACAUGAGUAUUGCAGAGCAAAAUUUUUUGCUUCUCCUUCUGACGCGAAGGCACUUGGUAGGUUUUCCUUCCUUUUUAUUCAAUUAAAACCAUGUAGGAAAUAUUGGGUCUUUUCUUCCUAGAUUUUGAAUUCUGCUCACAAGCAGAUGGGAUUCCUUUCUCAUCCAAACAAAGGGAUGCUUGUCCAGUGCAAGCAUCAGGAAAAGCAUAGGGGGAAAACAGAGUCUGUACUUAGUGUAACUAACAUUUUGUGAGUGGACAACAGCUACAUAGAUCCUUGGUAGUCCCAGCCAGUGUUUCCCAGCCCAAAAGUGACUGACUUGAAAACAUCUUUCCUGGAACAUCAGGAGUAAGAAAUGGAAAAGGAGAUACAAGGCCACAGAAUCAGUCUGCUGCAGCUGAGGGAGGGGUGGGAUGGGACAGACACAGUGUGGUUCUGGAGUGUGUGGGGAGAGUAGAUGCCGAGGCUGAUGGUGAAUGGUGUUUGCUUAAACUCAUUAGUCCAAAUCUCUCAAUGUAGCCUUUUCAGAAUCCCAGCAAUAUAAAGCACCAUUCUUCAUCAGUCGUUGAGACAAGCUUGUCCAUAUGUUGAAGUUUACAUUUCCACCCUUCCUGCUCAGAGGGAGUGCAGACACCUGCUGAGACUGGCCUCUGAGUUUUGUGGUGUCUAUUGAGUCCUACAGCUCAUGGUGAUUGAUGAUGCCAACGUCCUUUGUCUCCAAAGGUAACGGGAACCUAGGCGAGGGUGACAAGAUGGCAGGUGUUCAUGUUGUAAGGUUUUCCUUUUUGUUUUUGCUUUUGCUUUUGUAAAUACCUCACUUGGAUCAUACAAAUCGGGACAUGUUGGUAAGGGGCUGGCUGCUGCUUAUUCACACUUGUUCAGGGAGAGCACAGCAAAAAGCCACAUCAACAUGGCCAUCCUGGACCCAAGAAGAGGACAAAAUGGAAGCUUUUGUAGAAGGAGGACUUGCUAAAAUGAAGAACUCUCUGUGGCUGGUUGGCCAGCAUGCACCUCCCCUGCAUUUGAGUGCCUCAGGCUUGCUUGUGAAGAUCGCACAAAAGAGUCACUUCUCCAUCUCCAGGUGUGCAUGGAAUAGCAAGCAAGGCGGAGUAACAGGAGACCCCAAACUAUUAGCCUGCAUCUGGGCAAUAUGCCUGACCUUGAACCAUGGUAUUUGUUAAGAUCUCAAUCAGUUCUUGUACACUGGGGUAACUCAGUGUGCUGGUGGAGGAAAAGCCGGGAGACCUAUAUUUUAUAGGAGAACAAUAUCAUGAAGGGUGCAAUGCUGUCAUUUUGGACAACAGGACAGAUAUAAGUGGGGCUGUUGAAAGAAUUUGAUGAGGGGCGAAUCUUUAAUAUUCUGUAUAGAAUCAGAGUUGCCGCAGUACUUGGGCCAGCAGGGCUGAAAGCACAGUUUUUUUUAAUAGGACUUGAUAAUUCAAAUAGGUAGCCCCUCGGGACAGACUGAAUUGUUAUGCAUGUGUCAAUCAACGGGUGGUGUGCAUUCCCUAGAUGUAGUGUUGGGCUGUUUGGUUUUCUAACAGGCAGCCUGGGUAGGCACUGUCACGUGGUGUGAAAGACUCAAACGUAGUGAUGCUAAUGAGUAGCUAUUUCAGGCUAAGGAUUUGUAAGGGACAGUAAGAGAGUGGUGAAGACUCCUGAUGAUCACAUGAUUUUAUUGUUGUGAGCUGUUGAAUCCUGAGCAGUUUAUACAGAGAGCCAGCUAAUGCAGCCAGUGUUCUGGGCUGGCAGACCACAAUCAUUCUUACUGUAAAUUGUAUCUGGUGAUUUACAAGCAGCUGUAUUCUACGUGGUCUGCAUUUUAGGAUCUGGUGCCCACCCUGUGUCACAGUAUAUCCUACCUGGCUCAGAGACCUCUGCUUCCCAAGGAGAAAAGAUGAUCUACUGGAAAAGAAAGCUCACCCUCUCCACCUGCCCUAGCCUCCCUCUGUGGAUAUAGAAGUGCUUUCUGGCUCAAUAGUGGGAUGAUAGCUCUGCCUUCAUUUUCAGAAAGUGGAGGUGAAAAAGCAGUGCCUCAACAACUGCUUUAGCUCCAAGAAAAAUGUGUUCCCUAUCAAAUGAAAGGGAAGAUCUUGUUAUUGAUGAACAUUGUCUUGUCCCUUGCUAUUGCCCUAAUUCCUGCUCUUUCUGUGUCUAGUGGCUGAUAAUGUUUGCAUUGGUUCCUUUGAACAAUGGUGUGAUUUCUGUUUUGAUAAUGUUAGAUUUGUAAUGUUUGAAAUUUAUUCAGUUUGGACUGAAUGUAUGUUUCUAGCAAUACGAGGUACUUUCUAAGCUAAGGGAGGGGUUGGAUUCCCAUCUUGAGAAAAGACAAUGAUUCUUUAAAUUUUGGAAUUGUUUUUGGCUUGCAGGGAUAUUUUGUGUUUAUGUGUCCAAAAAUAAAAUAAAAAUAAGAUAAAUCAGCA